GACCAAGGGUCAGGUAGAGGAGGAGUUAUGCUGCUUUGAUUGACUGCGCCGCUCCCUUGGGUCGCGUAUUUUCGCCGUCAAUUCUUUACAUUUCUGCAGCACAAUGCCUCGUAAGAAGACUAUUCACUCGUUGAACAUGAACAAGAGGCUGAGAAAGAGGAUGCAGAAGUUGCUAAUAGGAAACCAAAUAAAGAAAGCAGCGGCGGCGGCGGCAGCAGCGGCAGAGGCGGCGGCAGCAGCGGCAGAGGCGGCGGCGGCGGCAGCAGUGGCAGGUGACGCCACGACGCCAUUACUACCCUCAAACUCCUCAGAAAAUGAAGAUUUCUUGUCAGCUGGUGAACUUCUAAAUGCUUCUCCAGUGAAGGCAUGUGCUAAGGAAGUCAAGGGAAAAAGGAAGACUGUGGCCACACCAGAUGUGGCCAGCACGUCCCAGGCCACACCAGAUGUGACCAGCCCGUCCAGGGCCACACCAGAUGUGGCCAGCACGUCCCAGGCCACACCAGAUGUGGCCAGCCCGUCCAGGGCCACACCAGAUGUGGCCACUUCAAGUCACAGACCUACAGCAUCGAGAAAGCGGAAACGAAGUGACAUAUCUGUGGCCACCAGCACCACUGUGGCCACUACCACCACUGUGGCCACCACCACCACCACCACUGUGGCCACAUUGAUCAAGACUACACCUAUAUAUACAUCUGUCAUCACCACACCUACAGUUACGUAUGUGAGGACCUCCCCACGUAUGACUGGAUCUCCUCUGACGACUCCAGGUGUGGCCACCCCACAUGUGGCCACUGCAGAUGUGGCCACCCAUGUGGCCACUGCAGAUGUGGCCGCCCCACAUGUGGCCACUGCAGAUGUGGCCGCCCCACAUGUGGCCACCCCACAUGUGGCCACUGCAGAUGUGGCCAUCCCACAUGUGGCCACUCCACAUGUAGCCACCCCAGUUGUGCCUAGCUCAGCUGUCGCCAGCACGUCGACAGCUGCUGACGCGAGUGCCAGUGAUCGUGUGUCAACAAGAGUUCAUUUGUCAAGUGCCACACGACGAGUGUCGAUGUAUGAAAAGAUAAAUCCUGUUGUCGUUGAUAAGAAAAUGAUAUGUAUGGAAAACAAGAGAUUUGAUGAAAUUCUAUCACUUGUGCAUUGUUCCCUUUGUUUUUCUAAAAAGAUCAAAGUUACAUAUUAUAAUCAUCACCUAGAAACAGUUCUUAGUAUAUCGUGUACUGAGUGUAAGAAUAGUUUGUUGGAAAAGCCAUAUGGUAUACGUAAGAAGCUGAAUACUUUGACGGGUAGGAUGGUUUAUGCUGAAAUGGUGACUGGUGGUGGCUACUCAUCAUUUGCUCGUAAAAAUGCGUUGUGUAACCUACCUCGUCUAGGUUUUGAAACAUUCAACAGAUAUACAAGCGUGAUAACAAGGAUAUCCAUUCAGUCUUGCAACAAAAUUCUUGAUGAAACAAGGCUGAUCGUUGGUAAGGAAUAUGCCAAAUGUGACAUUUUACCAGACGCACGUGGUGUUCUUGACAUUGACGUGACGUAUGACGGCACGUGGCACACUAGGGGCCAUAAUUCUAAUUUUGGCAUUGGUGUGGCUAUUGAUGCCUUGACAAAGCUAGUAGUUGAUUAUCAAGUUUUGUGCAAAUACUGUUUUAUUUGCAGCAGUCUCAAAAAUCGUUUGAAGAAGAAAAGACUUGCUAUGGAAAAAUAUGAACAGUUGAAACAAAGCCAUGAAAGCAAAUGUACCAAAAACUUUUCAGGCUCCUCAGGCAAAAUGGAAGUAGAAGCUGCACUAAUCAUCUGGCAGAGAUCACAGAAAAUGAAGUUGAGGUACAAAACCAUAGUGUCUGAUGGUGACAGUGCAACUUACAAAGGAAUUGUUGAACUGAAUGAUGGUGCUGGUCCUUAUGAAGGUAUACAUGUUGCAAAAGAAGAGUGUAUCAACCAUUAUGCAAAGCGGCUAAGGAAAAGAUUGACAAGCUUGGUAAAAUUGCACUACACAGAGAAACAACUGAGAACAGGAAAAAAGAGAAAGCAGUAUCACCAGAAGAAAGGGAUGUUGACAGACUUCGUGAUUGACAAGCUUGCACAGUAUUUUCAGAAAAACCUACGGGAAAAUCGUGGAAGUGAUGUUGUAACGAUGAGGAAUGGCAUACUUGCAAGUUUCUUUCACUGUUCCUCCACUGACGACAACCCACAACAUCAGCUUUGUCCACCUGGUUCUGCUUCAUGGUGUUUUUACAAGAAGGCGCUGGCAGACAACUUACCACCACCACCCCACACAACCAUGAAAGUGCAGUUCCAGCUAGAACCUGCCUACUUCAAGAAGGUGCAUGAUAUCUACAAGGACCUCACCAGAGAUGAAAUGAUGGAAAGAUGCAUUCAGGGACGAACACAAAACUGUAAUGAAAGCCUUCACAAACGAAUAUGGUCCUACUGUAACAAAGCUCUGUUUAAAAAUAAGUGGCAAGUAGAUUUCGCCACCAGCAACGCCAUAGCAGAGUACAAUGCAGGAUAUGAAAGAAGUUGCUUGGACAUACAACUUGGCUAUGGCCGUUCAUCAUUGAACCAACGUCACCUGAGGAAUAUGGACAAGAAGAUGCAGGCAGUCAUAACCAACGUACACAAGAAGAGGAAGAGGGUGGUGGACACCUCCUAUGAGGCUGGAGGCCAUUAGAUGAUCCAUGUUCAUGCCUACUCUUCGUCAAAGUUUGAUUUGCAUGGACCGUCAUGAUUGGCCAAUCUGCAAGGGACUUCAGGAUGGAGGGAUCUGCAUGGAACUUCAGAGAUAUGUUAUAUAUGCUCAUUUCUACUCCUAAUAAACAUAAGAAGGCACAA